GGGGGAGAUGCUUUCCAGCCACAUGGAUACAAUCGAUUCUGACGAGCAAGCAGAGCUUGCGCGCUGGGAGUUGUCUGAUGGGCACUGGCGGCAUGGCGCCACUGGUGAGGUGACCUCGGCGGAUCCCCGAAGCCACGUCGCCAUGUCCUUCCAGUGCAAGCGCAUCGCAAUGCAAAAACUUAGCAAUCCCAGAUACCUUUGGGAGCUGCGGCAAAUCGAGCCACCCCCAGAGCGGCCAAAAAGAGACCACAUGACAGCUGCCAUUCAGUGGCUGAUGAACAACCUUGAAGACGAGUCGCAGGGCAGCCGCACCCCACUGAACUCUUCACGCAGCCAACCCGCGGGAAAUCAAGUUCAGGAGGUUGAGAAACAGAGCGAGGCUGAAGGGCUGACGGCGAUGUCAGCAAAUAAGGAGCAGGCAGAUGAGCAAUUACAGGCAAACCAAGGAGAAGAUAAAGAAGGAGUGGUUGACGGUGGAGCCAACUUUGUCGAGGAAAGCGAGUGCGUCAUGACCUUUUCCAUUAGCGAAAGGUGCAGAAGUACCGAAGUGCAAGGGAAUUCUGGAGGAACCGAAAUUGAUGAAGCUGCUACGGCUGGUUCUAUGGGCAGUGCUGAGAAGCCCACACAAGAACCUGUUGCAGUGCCAGAGGGGACCACACAGGAAUCACAGAACGCCCGGGACGGUAGCAAACUUCAGGUCUUAGAGCCUGACGAUAUAAAGAGUGAGGCAUCAGGCGAGGCAGAGCAGGUGGCACAGCUUUUGGCGCAGGUCAUGCUGGGGCCACAAGGAGCCAUCGCAAGCAAAGAGCCUGGCAAGCAGGCGGUGGUGCCCCAGCUACCUGCCAAUGGUGCAAGCAGUGCAGUCCAGCUGCCCGAGCUGCUAAAUCGGCUGGCAGAGGUCUUGCCCUCCGAGGCCAAAGGAGACCCGGCGCCAGCCGUGCCGGCGGACAGUGCUUUGGGCCAUUCCGCUUCAGCACAUGAGACCGACAAGGCCACAAAUGGACCAGAUCAGACGGCCGAGCUUUCGGAACUGCUGAUGUGCGUAGCUGAAUCCUUGACGAAGAUGCCCCCAGGAGGCAGCGCUGCUACUGUCUCGCAGACAGCUGUGAAAGGUAUCGUUGCUGCACUCCCAGCAGAGGGA